CUUCGAUUGCAAACUGUUCUCUGCUAACCCUCUGUGUGCAGUUGACGGUUCAACAUUGAUCCGUUUAGUUUUCUAUCAGUUGCGAUUCAAGGUUGCAUUGUGUAAAUAAUAGUUGUGAGUGUUAUAAACAAAAACUGUACGGAAUGGAAACAGUGCUAGCCGCCGGUAGCUCCAAAAGGCCCGAGAGCUGCAGUGUUCGGAAGCUGAAGCAAAGUCGAUUACCCUUUCAAGCACUCUCGCCAGGAAUGACCAGUUCUACAGCUAUGAUUAAACCGUCUGUGGAAGUUGUUGAAUCUCGUAAAAGAAGACCUUCUUCCGAAGAGCUGGAAUUGGGCCAUGCGUCGAAAAUUGGACGUGUUUUAGUGGCAAAAGAAAACGAAAAGCAUAUUGAAGUUGAAGUACUGGAUAGCGAAAAAAGUGUACAUAAGGAUCAUGAGGAACUUGCCUCGGAUGCAUUGCUAAGCCCGACAGCAAGCAGUGUGGCUCAUAAUUUGAAUGACAGCACAAAACUCAAUAAGAGACAUAAGAAUCGGCACACACGGAAUAAGGAUAACAAUAAAAUAUUCAUUAAGCUCCCUAAAGGAAAACAAAAACGUUUGACUUCCAAUAAAGUCAAAUCUUCAAUAAAGAAACACAAUCAAUCAGAGACGCCGAACCUAAAUGAUACAUCUCGUGAAAUAGUCUUGUUAGACGAUACAGAUUUAUCGGAGGAAAUUGAGGACGAUCACACAUCGAAUAUUGCGAAUGAAAUAUUAGCUAAAGCAAAACAAACCGUUCCUUCUAGUGCUGCAUUAAAUACAAGUAACGAACUAAACAGUUCUUCGACGAGUGAUUUGGAUAAAGAAUCAAGCAAUCAUGAAAACGAACAUCAUAUUGCGACUUGCGCUAACGAGAUUGUACCAUCGAUUCGCGAAGAAAAACAUUCUGGUGAUAUCACGUUAACUAAAUUGUUCAGUAAAGAAAAAUCGCCGAAAAAUAUUCCACUGGAUAAGUCCGAUAUAGUUGGAUUAAGCCGUUCUGUUUCAGACUUUAAUUCCAGCGAGGAGGAUAUUUACAUGCUAUGUACCCCAAAUUCCAAGGUGAUUCCGAAGCCUGGUGAAACACAGAAGCUGACACCGAAACAAAUCGCCCGUCGGGAAGAGCACAAGAAAAGAGCUGCUAAAAAAUUGGAGGAAAAGGAGGAAAAACGUCGCAAGGCGCAAGAAGAAAAGGAAGAAAAAGCGCGUGAGAAAGAAGAACAAGAUCGCCAACGUAGGAGGGAACGGGAAGAAAAAGAGGAACAGAAAAAGAAAGAGCGUGAAGAAAAGGAAGAACUGAGACGAAAGGAGCGCGAAGAAAAGGAAGAGCAAAAACGAAAGGAACGAGAAGAGAAAGAGGAUAUCAAGCGCAAAGAACGAGAGGAGAAGGAGAAAAAACGCCAGGCGGAAAUUGAUCUUAAAAAUGAAGAAAAGCGUCAAAAAGAAGAAGAACGCCGAAAAAAGGAAGAACAAAAAGAAGAGGAACGUAAACGUAAAGAGGAAGAGAAAGAAGCUGAAGAAAAGCGGAAACAGAAAGUGGCCCAAGCGUUCACUAGCUUUUUCGUUAAGAAAAACGCCAGCGGAAGUGGAACCAGUAGGGUUUCGGAUGAAGAAAAUUCUUUUGAAUCUUCACUGGGGGCUUCUACAAAUACGGGAACAUCAAUGAGUCAACAAAGGUUCAUGCCAUUCUGUGUCAAAGGAGACAUGAGACUGGCACCGAUAACCCGCAGAGCACUGGGACCAUUGCAAAAAGCAUACUUGGAGCAGAUUUUGGCGAACGUGGGGAUGAAACCAUCAGCAAUGGCACCGUCUGAGCUAUACCUUGGUUUGUUGAGGGACGGCAUCUGUAAGCCUCGCAAGGCUGGCCGUACUUGGAGCAUGGAAGAGGAAGAAGAUGAUAAUGACGACAUUAUGAUCGUAGAUGAUACUGUAUGCCAUCAAAUUGAAGAAGAUCCUGCAAAAAUGAAGCAAAAGAUGAAGGCAAAAUUCUUCCUAUUCGAAGAAAACAGGCGGCCCCCGUUUCGUGGGACCUGGCGAAAGCGCAGUUCCUGUAUUGGAGCUCGUCGACCGUUUGCAGAGGACAAGAAAUUUUUCGAUUAUGACGUAGAUUCCGAUGAAGAAUGGGAAGAGGAAGAACCGGGCGAGUCAUUGCACGGUAGCGAUGACGAAAAAGACGUCGAUCCAGAAGAGGAUUAUGAAGUUGAUAAUGAAUUUUUCGUGCCACAUGGUCAUCUGAGUGACGAAGAACUGCAGCCAGAAGAGGAAGAGGGUGGAAUGGAUGACAACAGUCCGGAGGCUCAGAAAGCCAAGCUUAAAAUUAUGCAGCUGGAGUUUGUGGCUGAGAUGAAAAAGAAAACAGAAAAAAUCAAGCCUAGAUUGAUCGGUUGUAUCUGGGAAAAUCCGGGGGAAAAGGUUAAAGAAAAUAACCGAGCAAAUCAUGUGGACCGACAUGUGGAUUGUUCUGCUAUUAUUUGGAAGAUGCUGAAUGAUCGUGCGAUGCUGUAUGAUGCCGAUGAACCCAUUUCAUUCACCUUAUCUUCGACAACUAACCCAAAUCGACAAGUUGGCCAAGAGUUGGAAGUUUCUUCACCUAGUAAAGAGACCGAGAAGGGUCCGAAAAAGGUACGCAUCACGGAUGAUGCUGUAAAAGAUCUUGUUCGAUUAGUCCAUGGAAAUGUCAAUAAUCGCAAGUUUUUAGUACGUGAGUUUCAAACUUUUUGGUCGCAUCGUAACGAAACUGCAGACGAAGAAUAUCCAGGAGAAAAUUGUGGUGAAGUUAAAACAACAAAAGUCUCACUUGUGGGAAAUGGAGUAGAGUUUAGCCUGGAAAGCAUAAGCAAUAAGAUACGAGAAAUUGCUGAGUGGGGAGCCUGUCCUCUGGAAGGACCGAUGAUGGGAAAGCUUUGCUGGACUGUUGAUAAAGAUAUUCUGGCACAGUAUGGCCUGGAACUGUUAACAAUACCUAAUGUUUGGAAGUAUCACUUGAAAGGAAACAAACAGCCAAGGAUGGAGAAGAAAAGCGGGUGUGUAAAUGAGGACCUGGAACAGAAGAUUGUGCAUUCAAACAAUUCUCCAAAAAAGAGAGGAAUAGCGAAAACAAUGAAGAAGUUUGAAAAUGAUUCUACUUUAAAAUCCUUGGCAGGGAGUAGUGUGAGCUCAUCGAUGGUUAGCAUAAAGAAGUUUACCAAGGUUAUUGCAAAGGAUGAACGGAUCGGAUUACCACUAAGUGAUUCGAAAACAUGCGAUUUAGCGCAAGAAAACACAGUACCAGCCAAGGCUGGCUUAACCUCUGCCUCUGGUGGUAAUCAUAACCUAGACAGAAAACAAAUAAAAAAACGUGUGCAACUGUUAAUGUCCGUUCCGCGGGGUCAAGCUAUCAAUCAGUCUACAAAAACCAUUCUGAUAAGUCAAUUUCUUGCAAAUGGCAACAAAGACGUGGGGAAGCCAUGUACCGAAAACGUAACAACCUCUGGCUCUAAUAAUCAGCCAAUCGAAAUUGAGUAGGCAUUAUCAGUUAGCAACUCUUUAAGCUGGUUUGACAUUUUCACGUUUUACCUUUUAUUUUAUUAAUUAUGAUAGAAGCGAAAGUUUGCGAUUCGUGGAUUGGCACCGUAAUCAAUGGAAGGAAGGAUAUGCUAUCAAUAAAUUAUAAGUCUUUAUA